AUGGAGCAUUGCUCACCCUGUUCCAUGCUCUGCCCGCUGGCCAUCCUGCUUCUCCUGCAGCUGCCCACUGUGGGGUCCGUAGAGGAGUUCCUGGUGAUUGGACCGUCAGAACCUAUUAUUGCUGUGGUGGGAGGUGACAUCACACUGCCCUGUCGUGUGUCCCCGGCCAUGAAUGUUGAAAACAUGGAGCUGAGGUGGUUCCGCUCCAAGUUCUCCGAAGCUGUGUUCAUCUACCAAAACCAUUGGGAGGAGACAGAGGAGCAGCUGGCCCAGUACAGGGGACGGACCUCCCUGGAGACGGACCUCCUUUCCCAGGGGGAGGCUGCUGUGCGCAUCCACAAGGUCCAGGCUGCAGACAAUGGACAGUACACCUGCUUCUUCAGAAAGGGAAACUUCUAUGAGGAGGCUGGUUUGGAGCUGAAAGUGGCAGGUGUGGGCUCUUCCCCUCAAGUGCACAUCACAGGGCCUGAAGAGGACGGAGUCCGAGUGGUGUGCAGGGCGGCGGGCUGGUUUCCCAAGCCCCAGGUGCAGUGGAGAGACUCCAGCGGGGGGAAGUUUCUGGCCUUCUCAGAGACCCAGGCCCAGGAUGGUGAGGGGCUAUUCAGCGUGGAGGCAGCGCUGGUGGUGAGAGACAGCGCCGUGGGGAAUGUGACCUGCUCCAUCCUCAACCCCAUCCUGGACAGGGAGAAUGCCAUGGCCAUAUUCAUCCCAGAGCCCUUCUUCCCCAAGGCCUCUCCGUGGAAGCUGGCCUAUGUGGUGUGUGUGACCUUGCUGACGUUCCUGGUCCUUGGUGCUGCCUAUUACACCUGGAGAGAACGUUCCAUAAAGGCGCAGGAGAGGCAGCAACGAGAGAAGCUGCGCCAGGAUCGGGAGAAGGAUGAACAGGCUAAGCAGGCUGCACUGAAGGCCAUAGAUGAAUUGCAGGCAGAUUUAGAAAAGAGGAAAGCUGAGUACUUGUCUGCCUGGAGGAAGGCCCAGCUUUAUGCAGAUUGGCGCAAGUCCAAGUUCCAGACCUGGCCUGUCACUCUGGAUCCAGGAUCUGCCCAUCCCAACAUUGUUGUCUCUCACAAGAAUACAAGUUUGACCUUGAAGGAUGCUGCCACUGCUUCAGUAUCAGAAGGCAGAUUUAGCAUCUUAGGCUGUGAAGGCAUCACAUCAGGGCGCUGUUGCUGGGAGGUGGAAAUCAGAAAUGGAAACAACAGCACUUGGUGCCUGGGGGUCUGUAGAGAAGACGCAAAAAGGACAGGCUGGUACAAAGAGUCUCCACAAAAGGGGUUCUGGGUUGUGGGAAAUGCUGAAGAUGGAUUUCAUGCUUUUAAUACUUCUAACACUCUUCUGUUCCUUUAUCAGGUUCCCCACAGGCUGGGUGUAUUCCUAGACCCUGAGGGAGGGGAUGUCUCCUUCUAUAAUAUGACUGAUGGCUCCCACAUUUUCUCCUUCUCUCAGACUUCCUUCUCUGGGACCCUCUUUCCAUACUUUAUGAUUUGUAAUGGAGAUGUGUCCCUGUCCAUCUGCUCCAUGGUGCAUGGGCCUGAGCUCCCUGUACCUCUUAACAGUUUUCCAUCUUUUGAGAAGGAGCCUGUGAGCUCAGACUUUGGUGUGAAUGGUGCUCCCUCAGGACCUGCAUCUCCACUAUUGCCCUGAAACCCUGAAGUUAUGUCCACAGCAGUGUCUCUCCUAUUUUUGGUGAUUCUUUCUGGGACUGCAGACGCUAUGUCAGAGACCUCUGAGUGA